UCACAGGUGAGCUGGUACAGCCGUUGAUCUCAAGAUGCCAUUGGUGAAAAGAAACAUUGACCCUAGGCACCUGUGCCAUACAGCACUGCCCAGGGGCAUCAAGAAUGAACUGGAAUGCGUAACCAACAUUUCCCUGGCAAAUAUAAUUAGACAGCUGAGUAGCCUGAGUAAGUAUGCCGAAGACAUAUUUGGAGAAUUAUUCAAUGAAGCGCAUAGCUUUUCCUUCAGAGUUAACUCAUUGCAAGAGCGUGUGGACCGCUUGUCUGUUAGUGUCACACAGCUUGACCCUAAAGAAGAGGAAUUGUCUUUGCAAGAUAUAACAAUGAGAAAAGCUUUCCGAAGUUCUACAAUUCAAGACCAGCAGCUUUUCGACCGCAAGACUCUGCCUAUCCCAUUGCAGGAGACAUAUGACGUCUGUGAGCAACCUCCACCUCUCAAUAUCCUCACUCCUUACAGGGACGAUGGGAAGGAAGGGCUGAAAUUUUAUACCAAUCCUUCGUAUUUCUUUGAUCUGUGGAAAGAAAAGAUGUUGCAAGAUACGGAGGAUAAGAGGAAGGAAAAGAGAAAGCAGAAGCAGAAAAACCUAGACCGUCCCCAUGAACCAGAAAAAGUGCCAAGAGCCCCUCACGACAGGCGGAGAGAAUGGCAGAAGCUGGCCCAGGGUCCAGAGCUGGCUGAAGACGAUGUCGACCUCUUACAUAAGCAUAUUGAAGUUGCUAAUGGCCCAGCCUCUCAUUUUGAAACAAGGCCACAGACAUAUGUGGAUCAUAUGGAUGGCUCUUACUCACUCUCUGCCUUGCCGUUUAGUCAGAUGAGUGAACUUCUGACCAGAGCUGAGGAGAGGGUCUUAGUCAGACCACAUGAGCCACCUCCACCCCCACCGAUGCAUGGAGCAGGAGAUGCAAAACCAAUACCCACCUGUAUCAGCUCUGCUACAGGCUUGCUAGAAAACCGCCCCCAGUCGCCGGCUGCAGGCAGAGCCCCUGUGUUUGUGAGCCCCACUCCGCCGCCCCCUCCGCCACCUCUCCCGUCUGCCCUGUCCACUUCUUCAUUGCGAGCUUCCAUGACCUCAACUCCUCCCCCACCAGUACCUCCCCCACCUCCACCCCCAAGCACUGCUCUGCAGGCUCCAGCUGUGCCACCCCCUCCCGCCCCCCUUCAGAUCGCCCCUGGCGUGCUUCACCCAGCUCCUCCUCCAAUUGCUCCUCCUCUAGUGCAGCCUUCUCCACCAGUAGCUAGAGCUGCCCCCGUGUGCGAGACUGUGCCAGUCCAUCCUCUCCCACAAGGGGAAGUGCAGGGGCUGCCCCCACCGCCACCUCCGCCUCCUCUACCGCCACCAGGCAUUCGGCCCUCAUCACCUGUCACAGUUGCAGCUCUUGCUCACCCUCCCUCUGGGCUACAUCCAACUCCAUCUACUGCCCCAGGUCCCCAUGUCCCAUUAAUGCCCCCAUCUCCUCCAUCGCAAGUUAUACCUGCUUCUGAGCCAAAGCGUCAUCCAUCCACCCUGCCUGUAAUCAGUGACGCAAGGAGUGUACUGCUGGAAGCAAUACGCAAAGGUAUUCAGUUACGAAAAGUAGAAGAGCAGCGUGAGCAGGAAGCUAAGCAUGAGCGGAUUGAAAAUGAUGUGGCCACCAUCCUGUCUCGGCGCAUUGCUGUGGAGUACAGUGAUUCGGAAGAUGACUCUGAGUUCGAUGAAGUCGACUGGCUGGAGUAG